AGCGGAGGGGGAGGGGUCUCGUCUCCCUCCUGUCGCAUCAGGGAACAUGGCGGCUGCCUCCGGUGCGGCAGAGGGACUGCGGCCAGGCCGGGGUUGAAGAAUUUCAAGAUGUGAAAGAACUUGGGCGGAAGAAUUUUGCUGCUUUAGCGUAGGUUUGUCUUGGUAUUGGAUCCAAACUUGCAGCUUGAAGAGGGAGAAGGCAAACAUAGAGAUGACACCUGCCCCUUUCCAUGAUGACAGGCCCUAUCAUUUCUGAAGUGUCUUCUCUCAACUUGUCCAAGACCAGUUGGCUGUGUUUCUAGACUCCAGUUAGGAUUUGAUGAACUCAAGUCCCAGGUCUGCGAGGAAGAGUGAGCAUAAAUGUGCUUAAUGGGCAGAGCAGACCAGCAGUAUGGAUGAAACAGAGAUCAAUACUCAGAUCAUUGGUGCUAAAGGACUGCUAGAUGACAGCAGCUUCAUUUCUGAGAAGCAGAGCAGCAUUCUCAAAUCACAAGAGAGUGAAACAUCAUUUCAGAAAAACACGUUAACUCUGCCUGAAGAGCUAUCAAGGGACAAGUCUGAAAACGCCUUAAGCGGAGGCCAAACGUCUCUAUUUAUACACUCUAGUGCUCCUACUGUUUCAAGUGAAAACUUUCUUCUGCCUACAGGAACUGCUGUUAAUGGACCAGUUUCACACUCCACUCCCAUUAUGAAGAAAGGCAGCAUUUCAUUAACCACUGCACAAACUGUGGGCCAUCAAGCAGAUUCUUGCUCAGCUGGGACGGUGGCACAUGAUCACCAACUUCCCACAAAGACUUCAACCCAAAAUUCAAGUCCACACCAACAUUUGUUUUUGUUACCUGAAGCAGCUCAUGCUAAGAACCUGACACAUUCCAUAAAAAAUCUACCUCCCUCUGCUUCAGUCGCUUGUGACACACAACCAUCUAUAAGAAAAAGCAUAAAACCAGAUAGCACUUUAGUAAGCCAAGUAGACAUGGGUGAGGAUAGCAAAAGUUUGCUAGAAAAAGAUGGCGGUAGCAAAUCACUAACAGCCACAUCCUCAGGUACAGGUGACUUCAGAACUGAAAGUGAUGCAAAGUGGGACCCACAGAAAGAGUUCAUAGAAUUUCUCAUGACAAAUGAAGAACCUGUAGAGAAGUCACCAGUCCAGCCUAAAGUGGGCGUACCAAAAAGGAGGAAAAGAAAGAUGGAUGUUAGCAAAAUCACACGUUACACUGAGGACUGUUUUAAUGAAUCAAAUUAUACUCAUGACAAUUCAGAAUUGCUAGAUACUGAGUUUUUGGAGCAGAGUGAGACUCUACAAGUGAUAGAAUCUCAUAAAUUUUCUUUAGCAAAAGUGAAACCUGAAUCAACAGAUGAGGAAUUGGAAGUUGUGGAUGCCAUCCAACAAUUGAUUUAUAACCCAAGUAAUAAAUGUGCAGGUGAUACUUCUCCUAUUCACACUAGCACUUUUCUUUCUAAUGCUCUGUUAAACAAAUGUGAACAAGAUGAAUUGGAACCACCAACUAAUUUCAGUACUGAUGAGCCUUCAUUUUAUCCCUGUACAAAGUGCAAUGUGAAUUUUAGGGAAAAGAAGCACCUGCACAGGCACAUGAUGUAUCACUUGGAUGGCAAUAGCCACUUUCGCCAUUUAAAUGUUCCAAGGCCUUAUGCAUGUAGGGAAUGUGGUCGGACCUUUCGAGACCGCAAUUCCCUUCUUAAACAUAUGAUAAUUCACCAGGAAAGAAGACAGAAACUGAUGGAGGAAAUUCGUGAAUUGAAAGAGCUUCAGGACGAGGGUAGGAGUGCACGGUUACAGUGUCCACAAUGUGUGUUUGGUACCAAUUGUCCCAAAACCUUUGUGCAGCAUGCUAAAACCCAUGAGAAGGACAAAAGGUACUACUGCUGUGAAGAAUGUAACUUUAUGGCAGUGACAGAGAGUGAACUUGAAUGCCAUCGAGGGAUUGCUCAUGGGGCAGUGGUGAAGUGUUCAAUGAUCACUGCAGAUAUAGCCCAGAGAAAAGCACAGAAAAAGGCAUUAGCGAAAGAUUCCUUCAUGGAAUCAUCCAAAAAAUCAGCUGACUAUAUGUGCAAAAUGUGUCCAUUCACUACAUCAGCCAGAAGCAUUUUAAAAAAACACAUGGAAUACUUGCAUCCAACAUCAUGCAUAGACCCUUUCGGUAGCCGACUUAGACUAGAAAAAAGAAAAAGUCAUAUUAUAGAAGACCCUUUAGAUUUUGGUAGCAGGACUAAACAUUUCAUCAAACAAUCAUCUGCCUUUCCAAAGAACUCUGUUUUAAAACAAGAUAUAAAAAGACCAUUUGGCUCUGCAUUCCAGUCCAGUAACUUUGCAAAACUUCACAAGAGGCCCCCCAGGAUACAGAAGGCUCGGAAAAGCGUUGCACAGUCAGCUGUAAGUGUGUAUGGUCAUAGCUCUACAGACAAGCCUAUUUUGAAUAGAAAUAGCACUGGCCAAAAACCUAAAUAUUUGCAUCAUUCAGGAAAGCAAAAGACUAGCGUCAGAGCUAGCAAUAAUUAUUUAUAUAGAUACAAACAUGAAAACCAUAGGAUUAAAAAAUCUAGCAGCCCUUAUCUUUUACACUUAAAAAGGGAAGCUGCAAGAUCUGUCAGGUCCUUACCUUUAUUAUCUUCAAAUAAUUCUCAUAGAUUUAUUGUGGAUUCUCUUAACUAUGAUGCAAAAAGACCAGGAGUCUAUAAAGAUAAGCAUGUAACUGUAAAAAGGUUGGUUAAAAGAUCCAAAAGUGAAGGCUCUGUAAAAGGAGAUGAUUUGGACAGUUAUCCAGACUUUCUACAUAAAAUGACUGUUGUUGUUUUGCAGAAACUUGCUGGGAAAAAAGACAGCUAUGAAACGGAGGAUGAAAGUUCAUGGGAUAAUGUUGAACUGUGUGAUUACACUACACGGUCUGUGGAGGAUGACUCUUACAGUGAUAUUAAUCAGGAGCAUGUAAACCUCUUCCCUUUAUUUAAAGGUAAAAUGGAAGAAGAAACUGGUGGUAAAUCCUCUCUUAGAUAUGAGCAAAAUGACGGAUUUUAUUUUGAGUAUUAUGAAGAUGGCGAAGGUAGCAAUUACCUGCAUGAUUUUCAAGAUCCUCAUAAUUUAGAAAACAUAGGCACAGCAUUGCCAAAGCAUAACUCAGUUUUCCAUUGGACUGACUUAUCGCUUGAGAAAAAAAACUGUCCAUAUUGUCCAGCAACUUUUGAAACAGGUGUUGGAUUGUCUAAUCAUGUCCGUGGGCAUCUUCACAGAGCUGGGUUAAGUUAUGAAGCCCGUCAUGUUGUCUCACCUGAGCAGAUAGCAACAAGCGACAAAAUGCAGCAUUUCAAAAGAACUGUAACAGGAACACCUGUUAAACGCGUUAGAAAAGCUAUUGAGAAAUCAGAAAGUUCUUCAGAACACACAUGCCAACUCUGUGGAGGUUGGUUUGACACUAAAAUAGGAUUAUCUAAUCAUGUUCGAGGACACCUGAAAAGGCUUGGUAAAACCAAAUGGGAUGCACACAAAUCUCCAAUCUGUGUUCUGAAUGAGAUGAUGCAAAAUGAAGAAAAAUAUGAAAAAAUCCUGAAGGCAUUGAACAGUCGGCGUAUUAUUCCCAGACCAUUUGUCGCUCAGAAACUUUCAUCAAAUGAGUUUUUAUCUCAAAAUGUUAUACCUCUUGAAGCAUACCGCAAUGGCCUAAAGACUGAAGAUAUAUCUGUAUCUGCAUCAGAGGAAGAAGGGCUGAGUUUCCUCAAUGAAUGUGAUGAAGCAAAAUCAGUACUACGUGAUGAAAAAAAACCCCAGUCAGUCACACUGAUAGAACUUUUGAAAAAUAAGAGGUUAGGAGAAGAAAGAAACCCUGAUACCUCUCCUCAAAAGAUCCAUAAUCAAACUGCAAGAAAGAGGUUUGUUCAAAAAUGUGUUCUUCCAUUAGAUGAAGACAGUCCUUUGAUGUAUCAGCCACAAAAAAUGGACUUGACUAUGCAGUCAGGUAUGCCUGUGAAGCUUAGAACGUGUGCGCAUUGCAAUACGGCGUUUACAAGUGCUGUUAGCCUGUCCAACCAUUUGCGCGCUUAUGCACGAAAGAAGAGUGCUGGACUUUUGACUGGGACAGCCAUAGAUUGUAAGCAAAAAAAAUCAAGAUCAAGAUCUGGGAGCAAGAAAAAAAUUCUGCCAUUACCUCAUGGUGCUGAUGAAGUUUACAUACUCCGGUGCAGGUUUUGUGGUCUGGUGUUUCGGGGGCCCUUGUCUGUUCAAGAAGACUGGAUAAAACACCUUCAGCGCCACAUUGUCAACGUAAAUCUUCCUCGGACUGGGGCUGGCAUGGUGGAAGUAACGUCACUGCUUAAAAAACCUGCCUCAAUUUCUGAAACUUCAUUUUCUUUCCUGAUGGCGGAAGCAGCUUCAUAGAACGUUGGAAACACUUCAUAUUGCAUUGAAUGAACAUUUUAAAUAUAUUUGUUAGUUUUUUUAAGGUUAAAAUAAAUUAUCUGUUUAUAAAAUCUGAAGCCGGAAAAUGGGGAGAAGAGUGACAGUUAACAUCCAAACAAUUGAGUACUUAAAACAGUUACCGUAAGUAGUCUUUAUAUUUUAUAUAGGGUGGAAGAUGUGUUUUUAAAGUUUACUAUGUUUUUUGUCAAUUACUGUGUUCACUAUUGAUACAAGCCCAUUACACGUAAGCAGCCGUUUUUAAAAUGUUGCACAUGGGUACUUAAGAUAGGUUUUAUGAAAUGAAAACAUUCUUUACAGUGUUACCAGAAUCAAUGCUCUGUUUAUUAAACAAACAAAAACCCUUGCUUAGUAAAAUAUUAUAUUUUGUUUGUAUGUAUGUAGUGUUUUGUACAAUACCAAGAAAUGCUAAUGCAAUUAACUCAAUUUAGGGCAUUAAAUAUCAUGUACUUCAUAGUUCAAGAGACUGUUCCAUUCAAAUAGGGCAAUUAGUACUACUCUUAUCUAGCUGUGUAAGUGUUUUUUUUAAUCACACGAGACUCUUUUGUACUAAAAGUAGAGGGAAACUUGUUAAACAAAUUUCUAAAAAUAAUGUACAUAGUACUGGAAACUAUUUGUGGUAAGGAAAUAAUAUUCUUUACUUCACUUGCAUUUCUCACUGACAAUAAAAUGGUGCAUCCAUGCUACCUCCAACUUUGUCAGCAGUAAUGGUAUUUCCCCUUUCCAUUUGUUGCAUCAAGCACUCACAGUUUUCUUUUCUUUUUAAUCACAAUUUUGUCAAGUCUUUCUUUAUUAUGCCUAGCUUAAGUAUGAGUUGCUUACAGGACAUUUUUGACAUUUUUUGCCACCUCUUUUAUUUAAUACUGUAGAAAUGUACUAAGAAGCAUUGCUCACUACAUGGCUUAGCCUAGACUUUUCAUUUUACAAUUGUUUAAAGAAAUCAUAACACCCUUGGACAAAAAAAAAAUAAGUUUCUACAUAUGAAGAGAAUGUUUACAAUUUGAAUUUUAAAACUUGUUUUGGAUGUAAUUAUAUGUAUGAAAACUGUAACACUAUGCUCAUGCUAAGGACCUAUUUACAGAAUUAUUGAAAUAAAUGUGCUGUGAGGAUGGAAAAAAUAUGGUGCAGGUGUCUUGGUCAAAAUAAGUAUUGGCUGUUCACAAAAAUGAAAUGUCACGUUUCAACAAAUAAGCAAAUUCCUCUUUUGAAAACUGGUUCUGUAAUGCAAGUAAUGUUUCAUUUUAUUCAUGUAGGGUGACUAAUACUGUAGUUAAGCCAAGGAAAAGCAUUGAUAAUUGUUUUGCGUGUAAAUAAAGUUAUAAAAGCAGUUGAGAUGUGAGGAGUACUUUGGUGGAGAAUAUACAUACCUCACAGCCAGUGAAAUUGCUUUCCUCAUGGUAUAUCUCCUUACCAAGAAUAUAUCUCUCUAAAUAAAAAGGUUAAAAGAAAACAUUAAAAUGUCUGUAACGUGAACUAUUAUUUUACAUUAUGUGUGGCAUACAAAGUUGAUUUUUCUCUUUUGAUCUUUUGAAGGAUCUCAAGCAAAGUACCUGUGAUGGAAAUGUAAUAUUAGUUCCCAGGUAAAAUGCAUCUGACUUCUAUAAUUUGGUAAUGGUUUCAAGAGCAGGCAAGGAAAACCAAUGGAAAAUAUAGUGCAGGCAAGUCUUGUGUGUGUAUGUAUAGAGACGGAAGAGAUUCAUAGCAGGAUCUCCUUUACUGUACAUGGUUGGUAUAACUUAACAAAAAAAAAAGUCUUAUGCUUAAGCAAAUGGAAACCACAACUGCACUCAGGGAGGGAAAUGUUUUUUCCCUCCUCAAAACUGAGUUUCCUAAUGCAGCCAAUCGAGUUGAUCAUCAAAGCUGUACUACAAAGCCUGGUCAAUCAGCUGAUGGUUGGUUGUGCAGGGCUCUCUUCAAGCAGUGACAAUCAGCUGGUCAUCAGCUGAUAGCCAGGGCUUCAAUAGCGCAGAGGGCUUUGCAGAUAUGUCGAUCAACUGAUGGGCGGUUUCACUAAAACGCCUUUGGACUCAGCCAUGACUCUUAACUAUAAGGCAGGUGAGUGUGGCUUGGCCAAAAUGGCCUCAUAGAUCCAAUGGGGAGGCCUGGUGGGUUUAAUUAGAUCCAUGGGCUGGGAGGUCCCUCACCCCUGUUCUCGAUGGCAAAGCUUCAUCAAAACUGUAUAACAUUUGGUGUUUCUUAUAGAAAUGGGAGAAGUAAAGUUAAAGUGUUCUACCUGCUUAUUCGAUAGCUUAAAAAUCCAUAAUUCAUACUCAAUCCUGCAGUGAUUCUUGCACUUGAAAGCUUGAGGAAUGUCAGACUAAGGUUCAGUCUCUACUUUUCAACCAUCUGUGGCCCAAAGAAAGAACUGCAGGGAGACUUGCUUUUUGCAGGUCUGAGCAAUUAGGAAACCUGCUCUCGCUGACUGCAGACCACCUUUGCUGUACUCUCCUCAACCAUCUCUGUCACAUACAGACAAAAUAUUCAUUCUGUUUAGCUGAGAGACUAUGACUUGCCGAGUUGUCAAACCAGGAUUCUUAACCCAAGACUUCCUAGCCAAAGCCCAGCAUACUACACAACUGUACACUUUUUCUUUCUAAGUAGAUGGGAAAUGUGUGACCCUCCAGAUGUUGCUGGACCACAACUCCCAUCAUCCCUUGCCAUGGACCUUGAUGGUUGAGACUGAUUGACGUUGGAGUCCAACAACAGCUGGAGACCCAUAGCCCCCCCCCUCAGCCUUUCUGCUUUUUUUCUGCAGCUUUGCCACUCUCAAUUUACCCAUGGUUAUUCCCCAACCUCAGUCCUAUUCCUAUGGACUGACAGCAGACUCAGCCUUCGUUUGUUCAUUGGAAUAAAUGUUUUUUAGAACAGUGACUUAACAGAUAAUGAGAUCUCCCCCCCCCCAGCCCAAUCCUUUUAUGAGGGGAAAAAACAUUGCAUGGGCUACACAACAAGGAGUGUCCAUAUUUGAAAUUUUAUAUAACUACAGUUGUUCUCUACUUAUGAAAUGGCUACUUGAUAUUAUUCAAAUAUUUGAAUAAACAUACUCAGUGAGUUGAGAUGAUAUGCUGGUAGAGUGAUGGAUUUAUUUCUUUAAGAUGCUACAUCCUAUGGACAAGUCUUCCAACAAUCAUUGCCUUUCUGAUCAGUGUCAAACCUAGAGUAAUUGUUCCUAUUGUAACAUCUCUCUUGUCCUGUGGAUUUAAAAAGAAGCAAAGAACCAGAGUUCUACAGAACAUCACAACAUAAAGCAUGCAUCAUAGAGCAGGUAUGCAUCACUUUAGAUACACUAUUUCCAGCACCUGAAUUAUUGAUUCCUCAACACUCCAAAGCUUUAAGAUGUACAAAAGGGCCAACUAAUGUUCAAUUAUAUCUUUCACAUUUGCAAAAUGCUGUGCUGAAGAAAAUUGGAAUAAAUGGAAACAUUUUAUGCUUCUCUUACUGUACUGGAAUCAUAUUGCCAGUGUGAUUGUUCUUUGGCUAUUUAAGGUAGCUGCAUUUAUUAGUAUUCCUACUGUAUCUCUUAAAACAGGUACAGACACAAAUCAUGUGUCUAUAUGUCUGUGAAACGCAACCCAGUGCAACUUGUUUAUACCUUAAGUCUGUACCGCAGUACCAAAUGCUACAAUCUGGUUUUCUCUCAUUUCAUUCUGACUGGAGUGUAAAAAGAAUGACUGACAAAGUAGAGUGUGAGUUAACAAGAUUAAACUGUAUUUUACCUGAGUGAGGAUCUGCAUGUCAACAUAGUAUAUAUACCACUCACUCGAAAUGCCUUUCAUCUGCCUCUUUCACAAAGAAGCCAAUUAUAUCAUGUAAAAAUAAUGUAUAAAAUAGCAUAUCUACUUUCUAGGAUGUAGAAACUGCAGGGAACACAGCUCAAAACUGUAUAAGAAAUGAGAAUGGCAUCAGAAAAUAAGGUUCCGUGUGCAUUUCUAUUACCUCGGAGCCUCUUCAAUUUGUCAUCAUUCUUUGCUGAAUAGAGUUCACAAUCUUCUUGUUAAUGUUCUUGAAUGUGAAUGCUGAAAGUUGCCGGAAGAUGUUGGCUACCAAUAGAGUUGACAAAGAAAAGUGUAAAAUUGUAGCAAUAACUCUUAAUAGCGGAUAAGCAGAAUUUGUUGUUUACGCAUUUAUUUUUGAGUAAGCCUUUGAGUGGGCAUUCUCUCUCUUCUGCGUGUAGCUUCAAAUAUGUUGGUUGACAUGAUUUAACUGAAGAAGAACCAGGGCAAUAAAGCAUUGGAGCAUCUGCCUUGCCCUGGACAAAGCAUCAGGCUUGAGUGUUUCUCCUUAAGUUCACAGCUAGUUAGGUUUGCACAACUAAGGUAAGAUGCUUUUCUUCUUCUUUUUUACAACUCCUGUACAAACUUGCUGAAGACCAAAAGCAGGGAGUUCUGGUUAAUAAUGAAUGCAGUAGAUGUCACAGAACUUUCCAUACAAAAUUAAAAGGCAGUUUCUGAUUUUAACUGGAACUGUGCCAGAUAAGCUCAAACUACGACCACUAGAAGCAAACAAAUUAAGCAACCUGCAAGCUGACAUGAUUUCACAGUAUGGAGCAGAUGGCAAAUGAUUUAAUUAGGGGUGAAAAAAGUGCUGGCUUUACAUUUCAGUUUGCUUUUAAGGUGUAGUUCUAUGGAGCAGACUAUGGAUGGUGUGAUGUCAAGCUAAUGCAUUUUAGACCUUGGUGUUGAGUAAAAAUGGGAAGUCAUGUCUCAAAAAAAAA